UCGGUAGGAAAACAUUAUGUGUGCGUGAAGAGAAAAGUUAAGACCUUCCUUUUUAUUUUCCCAGCGAAAGUCCUUUGAAUAUUCGGUGAAAACGGGACAAGAAUUAGCCACAGUCAUCUGUUAAAUCAAGUGCAAGUGAUAAAGUAAGCAUGAAAAGCUUGCGUUGAAUUUGACGAGGCGAUCAUUACUCUAAAAAUCCGAGAUACAAUACGGGAGAAUUUUCCACGGGUUAGCACAGGGAAAGAGGAGAAAAAUUCACGGCGACGUGUUGGAACUAGACCCCUGAUCUGAUGGCACUAAUGGAUCGAAGGAAGCAAAUUCAUCCGUGACUUUUAUUUUAUUGUUUUGUUUUGCGGUAUCAGUUUAGCUGUGGUUCAUUUUUUACUCAACCCGUGCAAGUAACUAAAAUUUGUUCGUCUUCUUGUACGGACCAGGAACUGCGUGGCAGAAUCUGUUUCGCAAAAAGCAGGUGGGAGACAGAAAAGUAAAUAUCAAAUUGUCGACAAUGGAGGAAUCCUACCUGAAAGAUUUGGAAACGGCGGCCCAUAUUAUCAUGGCCCCGCCAGCAGUGGUCACCAAAGAGCAGCGCCAGCAGUCCGAAACCAUUUUCAUGAACUUCCGCAAAACGACAUCCCCGUACGUGCUAUGUCAGGCAAUCCUCGAGAAGUCAGUUGUAGAUUUAGUGCUGUUCGAAGCGGCAGACAUUCUCAAGAAAGCGGUGGUGGCCGAGUGGAAGUACAUUCCCGACCAGGACAAAGCCUCGCUAAGACAGUAUCUGCUGAAUUAUAUCAUUCAGCGGGACAUUCCAGUUUUCAUCCGCGACAAGUUGCUCCAGGUGGUGGCAAUCAUGAUCAAGCGGGCGAGUUUAGAGGACCUGGGGCUCGAACGGGGCCAAAUUCUCGAGGAGACGAAGAAGAUGCUUACGUCCGGCGAUAUCAAACAGCAGAUCCUGAGCUGCAGCAUAAUAUUGGCCAUCUUGGAGGAGUACUGUAACAUUGUCCGCUCGGAUGAUACCGGUCUGACGACAUACGAGCACUUCCGGGCCAAAAAGCAGUUCGAGGAUUCGGAUCUGUUGAAAGCAUUCAUCAUGACGCUGCAAGCAAUGGAGGAACUUAUCAAAAGGUUCGACGCAAGCAACUCAAUGCAUCUGUAUCUCUUCAAACAAAUGUUGUUUGUGAUGGAGACGAUCCUCACGUGGGGAUUUUUGCUGCCUAAACUGCAAAUUGUGCGCGUUAUGCAGCCAUCGCUGUCGAAGAAAAUCAUUGAUACGUCCGAGACGGUGACAAAGGCUCUCCAUGCGCCUCCCUUACGAUUACAUGCCCAGUGGAAGAAUGUUAUUUUUGAGCCGAAGCUACUGGAGAUAUUCUUCUUCAUCUACUGGAAGACUCGGGAUAACGAGGAACUGCAACCGAAAGCGCUGAUCUGUAUCCUGCAGCUGUCCACCCUGAAGGGGCCCAUAAUCUCCGAUAAUAAGGAGGAAAGCAUGAACUACUUGGUGAACUAUUUGACCCACUUUCUUCCGAUGCUCUCCACGUUCGAAAUCAAGGAAAAGGAAGCCUAUAGUUUCUCUUUGAUUCUACGUAAACUAUUGCAACUGCUCCCCCGAGCAGAAAUUAAGAAUCUCCCGAAUGAUCUCUUCAAUGCGUUCAUGCAGCAAACUCUAACGAUGACUCUGAAGUUUAUAGAACUGUCCGCGAUGGAAGAAGCGACGGCUUCCGAUGAAACGGUAUACAUCGACGCGUUGAGCAACCUGCUGGAAAUUUGGUUGUACAUCCUGAAUGACAAAGAAAACUAUCCGGUGGAAGCGAUGGUUCCGUUCAUAACUCAAAUGUUCGAGAAAUACGUCCAGUACCAUUUGGCAGCUCCGGAUGGAAUGCGUGGGGUGGGUCGCGAUGCCGAUACAAUAGAUGAGAUCACAGAAUUUGAGGAAUCCGACCGGGAACGAUUCAAGGAGCAGCUGAUGAUCAUUGGAUAUUUUGGACGGGAAAUAUUGAGCCACUCGUUGCCGCUUCUGUCGAAGCUUUUGGAAGACCGCACUAGAAGCUUGGGAACGCAGUUGCAUAUGUUGCAUUCGACAAAAACAAUGAGUGUUGUCUGUUCCAAAACAAUGGAAAAUUUAUUUGAAGAUAUCCACUGGAUACUGCUUGUCGCAGGGCAUGUGCUGGCACUGGAAUCGGUGGGAGAAUCAGCUACGAUUCCGGGUGAAGUUCUGCAGUACUGUAGCCAAAAUAUUGCAAACAAUGUGACUGAUGUUAACAACAGUUUAAAGCUGCUGGCUUCACCCAAUCGAGACAUUCAGGAGAUUCCCAAUGCUGACAUUAAUGCCGAUCCGGUGAUUCGACUGAUUGCGGCUGGAUUCCGGCUGUGCGAGCUGGAGAAAAGUGCCAUUGAGGUGCGAAUGAAUCAAUUCAUUAGCCCCGAGUUGAGCACAACGGUGGUUUGGUUCUUGCGACGUUGGUCCGAUGCAUAUCUGAUGCCACUGAACGAGGAUUCUGUGAGUAUGAUUUUCAAAGAAGCCUUCGGAGCAGGAUCGCCCGGAUCCGUGUGGGUUAUUAAUUAUCUGUUGAACAAGAUAUGCCUGAAUGCUCAGUAUAUGCGUGCGGAGCAAACCGUGAUUGAUGAAACUUGUGAGUUGUUUUUGGUGCUGCUGCGACGGAAGAAUCGCUGUCAAGCGAUUUUCAAUUCGGAGUUUUUCCGAUCGAUUUGUGAUUUGAAGAGUGUGGAUUUGCCGGUGUCAAUCAAACGAAAGCUUUUGAAAGGAUUCGUGAUGGUGUCUAGCAGCGUAGAGAGUGACGAGAUGCGUGCCGACUAUCUGGGAAAAGUGCUGUUGCCUAUCGAAGAGAAGUACAAGCUGCUGAUUUCACAUCAAAACUUCCAGUCUGUGUAUCAGAAUACAGAUGUUAAGAUGAAAGUGACGGAAAUAUUGGAGGAACUGAUCGGUUGUGUGCAAGGAGCUUUUUUGAACUCGACGACUAUCAUAUUUUCAAAGAUUCAAAGCAUAUGCAAGGGGCUGCCUACGUUCCUUGAUUUAUAUCAUAACUACACGACGAUAGUGGAACUCAUACUGGAGCUUGUAUGCGAGAUAGUGUACAAUAUCGGCAACGCCUCGACGGAGAAGGCAAUCCGUACGGCCGUAUACGAAUGCUGCUUUUCGGUGAUUCGAAUAUUUGUCAAAAACAAUUCCGACCGAGUGUCGUUGGAAAAAGCAAACACCGAGAGUGACCCGCAAGACUUGAUUCUGAUACUUAAACUUAUGAACCAUCUGACAUCGAAAUCGCUGUUCGGGGAAGAUCUGGCUGGUUCGGACGAUAGCAACGCACAGUCGACGGAGAUUUGUAUUUUUGGCCUAACCCACAUCGUGCCGCUGAUCACGAUCGAUCUAAUCAAAUAUCCGGACCUCUGCCUGCAGUAUUACAGCACAAUCACUUCGUUUAUCGAGGAAAAGUCCCACACUCUUCCCAGUCUGCAUCCGGAUUUGCUGAAACAACUGCUCGGCUCUGUAGAGCUCGGGCUAAGUUCGUUCACCGCCGAAGUGGAGUCCAAGUGUCUAGAGUUCCUGGAGGUCUACGCGAAUGCGGUGUAUUUCAAUCAAGAUCCCCAGGCACCCAUGGCGCAACUGUUGAUUCCAUUCCUCAAACUAAUGCUAGAUAUGAUCUUCGGCCAGAAGAUCGACUACAACAACACGAUGGACUGGUACCGGACGGUUUUUGUGGUGAUAUGUUGUUUCCCGGAGCACUUCAAAGAGUUGCUCCACAAUUUCCUCGGCGAGCAGUUCGAAUCGGAGGCCGGCAUGGGUAAGGACCUGGUGGCUAGCAGCAUGGGACUGGUGAACAAUCUGGAAUUCGUUAACAAUCGCAUGGCGAAGUCAAAGUUUAUCGAACGGUUCGAUAAGUUCGUUACGCUAGUUAGCACGAUGUACAAAAAGUAAGUUUAGUUCGAACGCGAAUGUAAGAACGUUGUUUUAGAUGUUUAUUUGCGCAGAUAUGGAAUCGGUGGCUUUCGUGUUUGGUUUCGUUCUAUUUUUAGGCAGAAGUUUCGAUUUGAUUUUUUUUUAAUUUUUAAAUGAGGUAAUUUGCGGUGUAGAAAUUAAAUUGUGAUCUUUCGUUAUUUUCACACUCCGAUCGGUAGCCUUCGGUCUCUAUAGAAUGGUCAGCAUAUGUACAUUUUAGUUGCAAAAUUUGAAUUUUAUUCAAAAGAACCUAUUUAUAAUGAGGAACUUUUUCACGUUUCACUACACGUCUAUUUUUACUAUUUUGAAAGCUUGUGUUGAAAGUGUUGUACAUUUUCUGGGAUUAGUGAGGUGUAAUUCGAAAACCAGUGAAACUGUUACUAGUGAACAUUACCGACUCUACACUUCUUGACGCCUAAAGUCAGAAUACGAUUAGCAUACGGUUCAAUUCACUGAGGAGGCUUCCGAAGAAGCUUUCUGGAAAUCUUACAUGCCUAGAACCCUCACAAGAGGCACAUCGUCAGCGUCUUGUAGCUGCUUCGGGAGACAUCACAUCUGCUUGAGAAUUUUCAUUUUUUAAGCCUUCUUUGUCUUCCGAGAAUCCACAAUACUUUUAAAAUCUAGAAAAAGUAAACAAACACUAGCGCAGGAUCGAUAAGUUCGAAAGAGGAGGCUCUGAUUGUGUGCAAUUUCUUUCGGAAUUUAGAUCUGAAAAGAACUAAAAUACACGAUGGGAGCGAAUCUUUGAAACAUAUAUUGUUCUUUAUUUCAUGGUGCGACAGAAAAAUGAACACUUUUUUUACUGAUUUGACUGUGCUCCUUCUUCCUCGUGGUUGGUGGUAUUAACUGCUUUACGGUCGGAAAAUAAUUCAUUAUCUGCAAGGUUCGGAUCUUGUUUUAAGGAACUUUAACCCGUAGGAACUCUGUCAUGCACUGUCAAUUUUGUUCCUACUCAGGUAUUGAGCAUUUCCGGCCAGAAGGUAUUGUGUCGGUGGCAUUUACAUUUCCACGCUUUUGCAAUAUGUCUUUUCUUCUUUUUCUGUUCCCAACGAAGCGACGGUUGACAGUGCCAAAUCGCGUAAUUUCAAGAAAAUCGAAAAUUUCAAGAAUCCGCGUAAUUUCAAGAGAAUCGCGUAAAACAAAAUCGCGCAAAAUAGAAUCACAUAAAAAGUCGCGUCAAAAAGAAUCCAGUGUCCUUUGCUUCACACUUGCAAAACGUUUAUUGGCUGAUAACUGGUUGAAUUCAGCACACCAAUGUCUAGUGGAUUUUCUCGCAGAAAUCACAUUUAAAAUUCAUGACGUUUCAUUUAUUUAUUUAUUUCGGCUUAACGUAUUAAACUACACAGCCUGAUUCACAAUGUUUCCCCAAUUUUCUCGGUUCAUGGCUAUCUCUGUCCAAUUCCGCGGUUGGUUUAAUCACCUUUCUCGCUGCGCUUCUCGUCGUCUCGUACCAGUCGGAUUCCCGACCAUUCUUGUCCGACAUUUUUGUAACAUGUUCUGCCCUGCGUUUCCUUCCAGUUUUGAACACUUUCUAGACACUGGGUUCACCGGUGAGUUGCGUGAGCUCGUGGUUCAUCCUUCGGCUCCAUAAGCCGUCCUUCUGCACACCGACGAAGAUGGAUCUUAACAUACGUCGUUUAAAGACUGCAAGUGUUCGCAGGUACUCUUCGAGUUAUGUCCACGUCUCGUGCCCUUAGAGGACAAUCGGGCAUUUUGUAUAGGGAAUAUUCCGCUCGAUUACUAAGUCGGUUUGUUUCAAGUGUUUGUGGCGACCAUAGUAUGAUGUGUCUCUGCAUCUCGCGGUUGGUUUUGGUGUCAUACACUACAAGAUAGGUAAAUUAAACCACUACCUCGAACUCAUCGCCGUCGAUCACUAUGCUACUACCUAACCGGGCCUUGUCAUGCUCGAAUCAGGAAGCGGAUUAAUUUUAGACGCAUUGAUUCCGACUUUCUCUGCUUCGUGUUUAAGUCUGGUGUAAUGUUCGGCUACCGUCUCAAAUGUUCUGCCGACAAUGUUUCAUCAGCGAAGCAAAUGAAUUGACUGGAUUUAUUGAAAAUCGUACCACACAGUUAAACGCCGCUCGUCUCAGAACACCCUCUAGCACAAUGUUGAACAUCAAGAGAGGCCAUCACCUUGGCGACGCCUUUUGCGGGAUAGGAAUAAAUCAGAUAAUCCACAUGAUAUUCGCACACAGUACUGUAUUCUAUCCAUUGUAGCCUCAACCAAUCUUGUCAGCUUCACAGGGAAGACGUUUUUGUCCAUGAUUCUCCAUAGCUCUUUUCGUGUUAUUGAAUCAUAUCCGGCUUCAAAAUCGAUGGUGCGUUGGGACUCUGUACUCGCGGCAUUUCUGCAGGAUCUACCGCAAGGAGGAUAUUUGGUCAACGGUAGACCGACCUUCGAUGAAGCCGGCCUGAUAACCUCCCACGAAUCUGUUUGUAAGUGCCGAUGCCGCAAGGAGGAUAUUUGGUCAACGGUACCGACCUUCGAUGAAGCCGGCCUGAUAACCUCCCACGAAUCUGUUUGUAAGUGCCGAUAGACGACGGGAGAUGAUUUGGGAAAGCACUUUGUAGGCGACAAUCAGGACGGUGAAUGAUCCCCCUAGUUGUAAGCGUUGCGUUUGCCAGUAUGGUGGCUUCGGGUUAGAUUCCCAUUUGGGUCAGAAAUUCUAUCGUCAAAGGUUGUUUUUUUGACUUGUUACCAUGAAUCAGAACUGUCUAGGGUGUGGUGGGAUGAGCAAUUCGCAUUGCCAGUCUCCAAUCGAUACCACUCUAAGCGAAUUGAUGCCGCUAUAAACGUUUUUGCCCAGUUCUGGUGGUACUUGGGACGUAAAACAGCAAUAUCACGAUGGUCCUCCUGCGAGAUAGUUAGAUUGGUCGAAGGCCUUGCAAGCCGCACCACAAACCAAUAAGUAGCGAACGAUACACAAGAAAGAAUUUCAAACAUUGCGAAUCAGAAUCAGCCAUGUUGUGGAGACGUUAAGCCAAAAUAAAUAAAAUAAAAACAAAAUAAAAGUACUAUCGAUGUGGAGGGUGAUUAUUCCGCGCUUUUUUGGAUCGUUCUGCUGUUGUAACACCAUUAGCGAAUUUUCGAUAUGCCCAUAAAUUCAUCGAAAUGUAUCAAUAGUGACAAGAUUGCUUAUGGACAAAUGUUUCUGAUGCCAUCAAUCUUACACGACUCUCGAAAUUUUCUGUGAAGACAGUGAUGGGGAAAUUCGGGAAUUGAUUUUAUAUUUUCACGAAAGAUAUUUUUGACAUCAAAAACUAUUUUUGUUAGUGUCGCAUACGACGGUACCGUUUAGUGUCUGAGUUGAACGAGAGAUAGUAACAUGAGGAAAAUAUGCAAGUGAUUAGGUUAUCUAUUAUUUCGUGGCCAAAGACGCAUUUUUGUAUAGUGUUCCGAGAAACAUUGUACUGAAUAUGCGAUGUUGAAGGUAUGCUGGAAAAAUCUAUAGAUAUCGAAGGAUUAUCGGGUGUACGAUACGAACGAAACAAGUUCUUCAUUCUGACGAUUGAUUCUUUUUUCUUUAUUAAUAAAUUCCGUGAUGAAGUCGAAAUAACGAAAUAUGUAACUUCCAAUAAUUUGUAUCAAUCGGGCAAAAUAUUACACCGUAAAUUCUUUUGCCUGUUUUUUUGUUUCUUUUACACAGAUGAGAUAUGUUUGCGAACGAAAACCUUUUGCCUUGUGAUUUUGUGUUAUAUAGAUUGCGUUAACAAAGAAAAAAGAUGAAAGUAUGGACAAAAUUAAGGAGAAAAGCGACGGAAAUGGUGACACCAAAUUUGAACGAUUCUUAAAUUAAGAAAUAUAAGACGAUGCGUACGUUUUUAAGUUCCACUAAAGGCUGUUUAAUGUCGUUUGUAUGUAGGGUUUAAUAUUUUUCUAAUACGUUUUCGCCUCUUUAAGUGUGCUUACAUACCUUACUGUCAAUUUCCUUCGAAUCUGUACUUAUAAAGUCAAAUGUAAUGUGGAGAGGUUGCGAGCGAGUGUCUACUGUGAGUAGAAGCGUGUAAUUUUUAGAUAGGGUUAUCAAUUAGGGCAGGCAGGUUACGUUUCCGGCAACACUUGACGGAGUUUUUUUCUCUCUCUUUAUUCAAAGUAAUAGUUAUGCGUUCAAUCUUUCACUCUAUAUGAUAAAUAAUCUCUUAGAUUCGUCUCAGCUCGUUUUUGAGUGGGGAUAACUAUACGAACAAUCAAAAAUAUAUCGUAAUUUCCAUUUCCACUCUGAUGAGAAAAAAUAGUCAUACACAAGCGAAAAUUUGCCAUAUUAUAAAAUAUGAGUACUCAAUCGAAAAAUUCCAUGGCCUUGCGUGUACUGAUAGAUUCGAAAUAACUUGUUUUCGAGCGCGAUUUGUUACGUUUUGAAGUUUCUCUAGAAUUUAAACACUCUAUCUAGUUCAGUAAAUCCCCACGUAGGAAUUUUAUGUUUCGGCUCUUCCGUAAAAAAAUCAUUUAUACCAGAAGCUAUCGCAGGACACGAGCAACUGAAACGUACAUUCUCAAAACUAAGUGAAAGUAAGUCUAAUACAAACGAAUGAAAUAAUGUAAUGUUUUGAAAUCGAUUUUUACAUGCACUUUUUGCAUCAAUUUUAUUAUAGUAUCAAAGCAAGACAGGGGAAUAGUAUCAGAGUAUCAGUGCAAGACAGGAAAAUCACGCAGCGAGUAUAUUUAUACAGAAGUAAUUAAGCGCCAUUUUUUUCGAAGCAUGUAAUUUGCAUCGUAUGCGUAUUUGAAACCGGUAACAUACAAAGACGAGUUGUUUUCUGUAUGAAUUUUGGAAUUUGAGAAAACUUUUUCGGUUCGUUCGUUUCCGACUAGCAGUUGAAGAGAACAUAAACUGAAAACAUAUAUUUAUAGCGAGAAUGUUGCUGUUUAUAGAGUACAUUUUUAAUUUAUCGGCCAUUUGUUUGUUUAUAAAUUUAUUACAUUUACACUCGUAGGUAAGCAUUACGUAAUAUUUUCUUUAAGUUAUUAUUUCAUCUUCCCAGGUAAACUGAUGAUAUUGAAUCAUACAUAAACAAAACAAUAUACGUCAUCAAUCUCUGUUAUUCCUGUAAAUAUUCGCGAUAAAACAAGAACAGAUCAUGCAAUAAAUGUUAAGUUAAUUCAUAUAUUUGUCAGCUAAAGAGCAGUAUCCCAACAUAAACUAAAUCCAACUGGGAGUGCAAAUCGUUAAUAAUCAUUCUGUAAGGCCACCUGUUUGUUACUAAUAGAGCGAACAAGAAUAUGCUACCCUAGUUUUCUGGAACACAAAAUCAAACAAUUUUCCACACUCUUACACAAUCAAAACUCUCUUUCAUAGCAUAGUGUAGGAUCUAAAAAGGUCUUGGCGGCAUGUUGAAGAAGCACUCUCUCCCACACACCCACACACACUCAUUUGGUGCGAGAACGAAAGCAAUUAUUUGUGGCAUAGUGUCAAAAAUCGAGCAUGUCCUAAUAGUUGAAACAUUUUGUGAACAUGUACUAACAAAUGAAAAAUGCUACCCAAGACAACAGGCACUUCGUGGCGCUGCUGCGAGCAAUCCGUUGGACCGAUCGACAAACCCCGCGCUGUGAGAGGAACACAGUUUGUGAAUCGAUAUCUACUUUCUAAAAGUACAAAAUAACUAUUAAUAUUGGAACAGGUUAGAGAAGAGUCCUCCCGAAAAGAGGGAGAGAGAGCCAGAAGAUAUUAGCUAAGCAAUUUUAAAAUUAUCUUUCCGUAAAGUGAUACUGCAGUUGCGAGAAAAUAAAUGAGAAUUGGAGAGACCAUUGGGUACGUUGAGCGCGUUGCGCUUCAGGAA